UACACUAACCCACACGAACGGUCGCACCCGCACCUCACCUCAUCUCACCAGAGAGAAAGAGAGAGAGAGAGAGAGAGAGAGAGAGUCCGAAGAAGGAGACGGCGGCGGGAUGUUUCUGCGGCGGAUCCUGAGCGGUGGGGGCGGGCUGGCGGCCCUGCGCUCUGCGCGGGCGGUGAAGGAGACGACGGGGAUCGUGGGUCUGGACGUGGUGCCCGAGGCGCGGAAUGUGCUCAUCGGGCUCUACACGCGCACCCUCAAGGAGAUCGAGGCCGUCCCCAAGGACGAGGGCUACCGCAAGGCCGUCGAGUCCUUCACCCGCCACCGCCUCCAGAUCUGCCAGGAGGAGGAGGACUGGAAGCGCAUCGAGGACCGCCUCGGCUGCGGCCAGGUCGAGGAGCUCAUCGAGGAGGCCGAGGACGAGCUCAAGCUCAUCGGCAAGAUGAUCGAGUGGGAUCCCUGGGGUGUUCCUGAUGACUACGAAUGCGAGGUGAUUGAAGAUGACACACCUAUUCCCAAGCAUGUUCCGCAGCACCGGCCCGUUGCACUACCUGAGGAGUUCUUCAAGACAUUAGAUGCCAUCAAAUCAGAUCCAGCUCUGCAGGGCGACUCUCCUCCGCAAGUGAAGUCAUGAAACUUGCUCUUCAAGAUGCAUCAUUUUUCACCUGUUGCAGUGUGUAGUUGAGACUAGUCUCAUGGGUCCUUUGCCUGCAGUUUGCUUGUUGUCCCGAGCAGAAUAAAUUUGUUUCUGUGAAUGUGAAUGCGUUUUUAACGCAGUGCUUUAACACAGUAAAAUACUGUUUCUGUUUUCUAUUAAUCGAUGUUGACAAGAUCAAA